AUGGCGAAGGAAGAGAAGGAAGAUGAUGAUUGAAAGUCGUAUAGAAGAAUACUGUUAGUAGACGUAUUAUCUUUUUUUAUAAUUAAAUUAUUCGAGAUGAAAUCUAACGAGAGGAGACUUUUCGCAAAUAUUUGGAAUAAUCCUUUAGGAUUAACAUCGCCGGUUCGUUUGUUUGAUUCCGCUAAAGAUAAUAAAACUUUCAUUCAAAAAUUGAGACUUCAAGUUAAAUUGCCUGUACAUAAUGGUUGUGUUAACACAAUAUGUUGGAAUGACAAUGGUAAUUACCUACUAUCUGGAUCUGAUGAUCAACAUCUUUGUAUAACAAAUGGAUACACACAUGAGGUUGUGGCUUCAGUGCAAACUGGCCAUCGUGCAAAUAUAUUCAGUGCCAAAUUCCUGCCUAACACAAUGGAUAGGCAGGUAGUAUCUUGUUCUGGUGAUGGUGUAGUUAUAUUUUCAAAUUUGGAUCAUCCAGAAUCAAGUAUGAGUAAUUUAUUUAGUUGUCAUUUUGGGACUGCUUAUGAAAUAAUGACUGUUCCCAACGAUCCACAUACGUUUUUGUCAUGUGGUGAAGACGGUACUGUUAGAUGGUUUGAUUUACGUAUGAAAACUAGUUGUUGUACUGAAAAUUGUAAAGAGGAUGUCCUUAUUAACAGUCGUAUUGCAGUAACUUCAAUUGCUGUAAAUCCAUUGACACCAUAUCAGCUUGGUAUUGGAUGUGCUGAUGGAUCUGUGCGAAUAUUCGAUCGCAGGAUGCUGGGUACUCGUGCUACAGGUAAUUAUGGUGGAAGUGGCAUACAAGCAAUGAUAGCUCAUUUUACUGUUCCGGAAUUUGGUGGUCACAGUCAUCGCAUUACAUCUUUGACUUACAGUCCAGAUGGAGAGGAAAUGCUUGUUAGUUAUUCAUCUGAUUAUAUUUAUCUGUUUGAAGUUAAAGAUGACUGUAGAAAGGAACCUAAAGUAUUUGGUGCUGCAGCAGCAGAAAAAGAUAAUGGAAAUGAAGGAACCUCAAAAUUACCUGGUGGUAAACCUGUCAUGAAAAGAUUACGUGUUAGAGGUGAUUGGUCAGAUACUGGACCUAAUGCAAGACCUGAAAGUGAAAUGAGAGCCAAUCCGAACAUUUCAACAGCUACUGGCCAACAGCAGUCCAGAUCCCUCCAUGCUAGUUUGAUGCAACGAAUGUCUGAUGUUCUAACUCGUAUGUUUAAUAGUCCAUCUAGAAUGCAACGACAGUCAGCUAUGUCACCAUCUAUGUCUUCGCAUUCUUCUGGAACAUCGUCUCAUGCAGCUAGUGAUGGGGAUAGUUCUUCUGAUGAUGAUAUAGAACAAGAUGAUAAUAGUCAGCAAUUACAGUCUGCUAAUCAAGAAAAUUCUGAAUCUGACAGAAGAGAGACAAAUAACAAUGUAGAAGCUUCAAAUACAACCACUGUAAAUAUUUCAGAAAACAGCAAUAAUGAAUCUAAACAGGAUGAAGAGCCUGCUGAAAUGCAAUCUGAUCAACAAUUAUCAGUUAAUAACCCGUCCACCGAAAUUGAUUCAUCUAGUCAUUCGUCAUCUGCAAUUUCUAUGACUGUAGUAAAUGAAGAACAUAAACUUGAGAAAGAGGCAAUAGAAGAAAGUUUACAGGAUUUAGAGCAUGAAUUAUCAAAUAGAAGGAAAGAUUUAAUCGAAAAACAUAAAAUAGAACCUAUGGUGAACCUACAUUUUAGUGGACAAGGAGUUAACAGUGGUUUAAUUACCAUGGAUGUUAAGAGUCAAGCACAAGGAUUAGAUUUGCCUCUUGUUCCAGAAGGAUCAUAUAAUGUUCCCUCAAGCAGUCAAAUUAACCAACAUUCAACUUCAGACAGUUCUUCGGUUACUACAGUUAAGCCAUCAUCAUCAUCAUCAUCCUCAGCAACAACAACGUUACAGUGCAUACAGGAGAAUCCGCAAUUAGAUAAUGUGGAAGUAAUGGACACUGCUAUACAUGAAAGUUGUAUGAAUUCUGAUCCAGAAAAUAAUAGUAGUAAUAAUUUAGAUAUUAAAGAGCAAGAAACAGAUAACCAAUCUAAACCUUGCACUAGUGGAACGGAUAAGAGCGGUUCUCAGCAAGAAACAAGCACCACUCAAGAAGAAAGUGCCGAUAAUUCUCAACCCUUACAAGCAGAUAGUGAACCUGCUGUUGUAAUGGAAAUGGACACUUGGGAAAUGGAAAGUAAUAGUGAUGAAGAAAUAACUCCAAGGCCAAGACAUAAUUUAAGUACAAGAAGAAGGAGUAGCAGCGGAAAUAUUCCAGACAAUAUACUUAAAUCUAUUAACGAAGAAUUGAGAUGGCGUCGCGAAGAAAGGGAGCGAGAAAAGGUGCAAAUAAUGAAUGUACCCCAACCGACAGUGAAAAGGAAGUUUAUGGGACACAGAAAUGCUAGGACAAUGAUUAAAGAGUCAACAUUUUGGGGAAAUAAUUAUAUAAUGAGCGGUUCUGAUUGCGGGCACGUAUUUGUUUGGGAUCGAUACACUUCAGAAUUAAUUAUGAUAAUGGAAGCAGAUCAUCAUGUUGUAAAUUGUCUUCAGCCUCAUCCGUUUGAUCCAGUUUUAGCAACAAGCGGAAUAGAUUAUGAUAUAAAGUUAUGGGCUCCACUACUCGACGAACCCUUUUUUGACAGGGAGAAGGCACAAGAGAUAAUGAAACGUAACGAAGUAAUGUUGGAAGAAACAAAAGAUACAAUUACUGUUCCAGCUUCGUUUAUGAUUCGUAUGCUUGCAUCUUUAAAUCACUUGAGACCCGCAGGUAGAAUGUCAGGUUUGCGACGUGGCAAUCAAGAGACAGAUAACAACAACACAGAAAACACCAAUUGAUUUUUUUUUUCUUCUUAAAGUUUGUGACGAUAAUCAGACAUCAUUUGUAAAUGAAUGGCAUCUUCCACAGAGUUACCGAAAUAUACUUUUAAAAAAUUUUUAUUUGUUGCAACGAGUGAGAAUUCUUUUGCUUGUGUACUGGCCGCACGGCUUCCUCUCAGUGCAAUAAGCAAGUUCAGAGUUUGUCAGAAAAGUCAUUACAAGAAAAACUUGCUUUUUUAAAAACUACAGAGUAGCUUUAGGCAGAAUUGUUAUUUAUAAACUUGCAACACUUUCUUACAUUAAUCGACAAUAGUUGUAUCGUAUGACACUUCUUAUCGUAUCUUUCUUUAGUAUAAAAAAGAAAAUUUAUGAUUUCAAGAUAUAAAUAUAUAUAUAAUUAAAUUUCUAAUUUUAUAUCAAGAUGUCUUCAUCUUACAUCAAAAGAAAUUUUUCAAAAAGAAGAUAGCCUCGUACGUAGCUAUAUUUGUGUCCGUAGUUUUAAUCAAUUCGUGAGAAUUGUGAAUAGAAUAUUUAUACCUGUGACUUUUUUAUUGAAGGAGUAUUGCAUUAACAGAACUGUUUAAUGUAUAAAAAGUGAUUGGGUGAUAACGAAUGGAAAAAAAAGCUUUGUUUUUUUGUUUUGUAUAUUAGUAUUAAUAAUACAGAUUUCUACAUAUUUCUUCGACAACACGAUAAUUACACGGUAUGUUUUAGUUUGUAUUUUUAUCACAUUAGUUCCUAUGCAAUAUUUUGUAGUUACAGAUUUGAUUGUUUUGGUGCUGGAAAGUUAUCGUGUUUGCUCGAUACGGUGCGAUCCAAAAUUGCUUUUGAUUCCGACGUACAAUGAUUUUGGCGGCUUGUUUAGCUAGAAGAACAAAACCAAUUUUGUAAAAAGUGCAGUUUUAAAUAAAUUAUAAUGUUUCUUCACAUUA